UUUUUUAUAUAUUUUGCAAAAAAAAAUAUUCUAGUGAAAUUGUUUUAGUGCCGGAUCUUGAUAAAUACUUUUAUAUUUUGCAAAAUCUAUACUUUUAUUAAAUCAAAAUAACAAAACACACAAAUAGCUAUGAGCGGUGGUAAACAUUUGGCAAAAGGCUCCUCAAAACCUGAACUUCCCGAUGAUGGUGUAUUGCGUUUGUAUUCUAUGCGUUUUUGUCCCUAUGCCCAUCGAGUACAUUUAGUUUUGGACGCCAAGAAAAUUCCCUAUCAUAGCAUUUUUAUUAAUUUACACGAUAAACCUGAAUGGUUGACUGAAUACAGCCCAUUGGGCAAAGUGCCGGCUCUACAACUUAUUACUGCCGAUGGAAAGCCGGCAUUAAUUGAAUCCUUGAUAAUUGCCGAAUAUUUGGACGAAAUGUAUCCUGAACCCACACUUUUCCCCAAAGAUCCUUUGAAGAAGGCCCAAGAUAAGAUACUCAUCGAACGCUUCAAUCCUGUUAUAGGAGCCAUGUAUAAAAUAUUUGUCAACACAGAAGUUUCGCCGGGAGCCAUAACUGAUAUAUCCACUGGUUUGGAUAUUUUCGAGAAAGAGCUUAGAUCGCGUGGUACACCUUUCUAUGGUGGCGAUAAGCCAGGCAUGUUGGACUACAUGAUUUGGCCUUGGUGUGAACGUUCCGAAAUGAUUAAAUAUCUUUUAAACAAUAAAUAUGAAAUGGAUAAAGAACGUUUUGAACAAUUGCUUAAAUGGCGUGACUUAAUGGUAGAAGAUGAGGCCGUUAAAUGCUUCUAUUUGGAUGGCGAAACUCAUGCUAAAUUCAUGAAAACCAGACGUGAAGGCACUCCUGACUACGAUAUGCUUGUUGUAAAUCCCACUAAACGUCAACGCACUUGCUAAACAGAUAUCCUACCCUUUUCAUUGAAUUAAAAAAAAAAAAAAAAGUAAUUUCUGUUACGUUUGAAACGUAAUUUUUUUAUGAAAUAACUUUUUACGAAACUGGCAUCUGUUUUGUUUUUAGAGGAUAUUUCCCAGCUUAAUUAUGUUUUAUAUUGUUUUCUAAAAUAAAAACAUGUUUUAUUAAAAAUUGUCGCAACAAUUUUUAAGCAAA